UGCAACAUUUACCCCUUUCACACACACACCACGUACAGUUUUGGGUGUUUCAUGGUGCGGGCUUGUGAGAGGAAGAUGAAGUUCUUGGUAGCGGUUACGAUUAUUGUGGCUUCAGUGUUUUUCCUGCUGCUGCCCAACGGGUCUCAGGCUGAUGAGAAGAAGAAAGGACCCAAAGUCACAGCCAAGGUAUACUUCGAUAUCCGAAUUGGAGAUGAGGACGUAGGGCGCAUUGUCAUCGGACUGUUUGGAAAAACCGUCCCAAAGACCACCGAGAAUUUCAUGGCCUUGGCUACAGGAGAGAAAGGAUUCGGUUACAAGGGCAGCAAGUUCCACCGUGUGAUUAAGGACUUCAUGAUCCAGGGGGGUGACUUCACCAGAGGAGAUGGAACUGGUGGAAAGAGUAUCUAUGGUGAUCGCUUCCCUGAUGAGAACUUCAAGCUGAAGCACUAUGGCCCAGGAUGGCUGAGCAUGGCCAACGCAGGCAAAGACACUAACGGCUCCCAGUUCUUCAUUACCACUGUGCAGACGCCAUGGCUCGAUGGGAAACACGUCGUCUUUGGCAAGAUCUUGGAGGGCAUGGAUGUGGUGAGAAAGAUUGAGGGCACAAAAACAGACGGCAGGGAUAAACCUCUGAAAGACGUCAUCAUCCACGAAUGUGGCAAAAUCGAGGUGGAAAAGCCUUUUGCCGUCCCGAAGGAGUAAAUCACCCCGAGGGGAGAAACAGGACUGUGGGGUUCUGGGGUUUUAGCAGGUGUGCUGUACCACUAAUAUUUUAGUGGCAUAUAUAUGUAUGUACAUGUGUGUGUGUGUGUGUGUGUGUGUUUGGCACUUAAACCCAACCCGACUCACACUCCUACAUCUGUAGCGGUCCACCUUGGGUCCAUUUCGAACAGGCAUUCCACGCGGUCACACACUCUGACCCACUUAACACCUGCUUUUUGUAAACAAAUCUUCAAUAAAGGAUCCAGGUUUUGUUAA